GCUUCUAAGAACCAAGUCCCAUCACGACCGUACCAAAUCCUGAGGGUGCGCGUGGCUCAGCUGCUCGGCGAAAACAGAGGUCAACAGACGAGGACAAAAAAUCAAAGUGACUCUUACGCAGCCCGGCACGAACGUUACUCCAGAGCAAGAUAUAUCACGGCUGAGGGUCUGAACUAUUUGCAUUACUUGGCAAUACCGACGCAGGCGAUUGAUUGUUUGUUCCAGGUCUCACGAGCUUGGGUGGUGCUCUGCCAGCUGUACUCUAAAGCCACAUACACCCAUACACACUGCUUGCUUGUCUGCAAAGAAAGCGCUUUGAUUCACUCCGAGGCUGCAAAUCUCAAAGUUCACAGUCCAACCAUAGAGCAAAGAUGCCAUUCAAUACCGAACUUACGAGGAAACUCGGCAUCAAGAUCCCCGUCGUGCAAGGCGGCAUGAUGCACGUUGGUUACGCCUCACUCGCAUCCGCCGUGUCUAAUGCUGGUGGCUUGGGCAUUAUUACGGCCCUCAUCUUCCCGACACCAGAGGGCUUGCGGGAGGAGAUCCGCAAGUGCAGGACUAUGACCGACAAGCCCUUCGGCGUCAACCUGACCCUCUUACCGUCCAUGGUCCCGCCAGACUACCCUGCUUACGUCCGCGUUGUGGUUGAGGAGGGCAUCAAAGUUGUCGAGACGGCUGGUAACAGCCCUGGUCCCGUUAUUGCUGCCCUCAAGAAGGCUGGCAUCAUUGUGCUUCACAAGUGCACCUCCAUCAGACAUGCCGAGAGUGCCGUCAAGAUGGGUGUUGAUUUCUUGUCGAUUGACGGCUUUGAGUGUGCUGGGCACGUCGGCGAGUCGGACAUCACAAACUUCAUCCUGCUCAGCCGUGCCCGCCAGAAGCUCAAGGUUCCGUUUAUUGCCUCGGGCGGCUUUGCCGACGGCCAAGGCCUCGCGGCCGCGCUGUGCCUGGGCGCUAGCGGUAUCAACAUGGGCACCCGCUUCAUGUGCACCGUCGAAGCCCCCAUCCACAACAACAUCAAAGAGACCAUUGUUGGUGCCAGCGAGCACGACACUGCCUUGGUUCUGCGUAGCUUCCGCAACACCACUCGUCUUUACCGCAACAAGGUUACCGAGGAGGCCAUCAAGGCCGAGAAAGGCGCCAACGGCGACUUCUCCCAGCUCGCGCCUCUGGUGAGCGGUCAGCGUGGUAAGCAGGUAUUUAUCAACGGCGACCCAGACUAUGGAGUUUGGACUGCCGGCCAAGUCAUUGGUUUGAUCCACGAUAUCCCAACUUGUGACGUUCUCCUGAAGAGGAUUGAGAAAGAGGCAGAGGACUCCCUCAAGGAGAAACUGAGCAUGACAAACUUGGACAGCAAGUUGUAGAUUUGUUAUCGUCAGAGAUUGCAUAUAUGAAUCCGACACCCCCCCCCCUCCCCCGCGGAAUGUUUUACAUAUAGACGGAUGGAAAGGAAAUUGUGUGUAAAGUUGCGAUUUUUUGUGUUCAAGCUUCUGCCAUUUCAAGACUUUCAAGUUGCAUCUCACCAUGGACAUACAUGAUCUAUUCUGGGGAGCGGUCAUGUCUUCACACAUACAUCAAAAACCUUCAUAUACAGAGAGAUCGUCAACAGACAAUACAUACUAUACACAAACUCAAAGAACCACUUUAGAUAGGACUUAUCAAUUUUUGAUGGUACAAUAAAUUCAGAUACAGAAAGACCG